UUGGUGUAUAACUCAUCCAGUUGAGGUUGUAAGUAAUUUAUUUUUGUUUUGUCUUCUGUAUUCCACUCUGUCUUUUGAUAGAGCCUUAAUAGUUCUCUCACUAAAUUUGCUUCAUAUGCCUUUCUUUGAUCAUUUAACAUUCUACUAAAAGUGAUUGAAAGUUUUCUUAUUUCAAUUUUCAAAUAUUCCAUUUUUUUAUUGAAGUUAGCAGCUUGUUGUCUUUUUUGAUAGUCUAAAUCAUUUUUUUUUACCUGAUUGCAGUAGUCCUCAUUAUGUAGUAGACUUGCAUUAAACUUCCAGUACCCUUUGGAUUUGUUAGAAUUAUCUUUUUUAGCUAACUUUAAAUAGAUUAGACAAUGAUCACUGAAUGGUCCAUUGGAAAUCCUUGUUCCUCUAGUAUGUUCUAAACUCAGGGUUGAUCCUAACCACAGGUCAAUUCUAGAUUUUGCUCUACCAUUAGGUUUGAACCAGGUGAACCGUUGAUCAUUUCCAUUGAAUACUCUCCAUAUAUCCAUUAGGACAUGAUCACUGAUAAAGCUCUCAAAGCUUGUUGUGAUGUUGUGAGGUUCUUGCUGGCCAUCUAUCCAUUACUUCAUUUGGAACCAUAUUAAAGUCACCACCCACUACAACAUACUCAGUAGAGUAGUUCCUUUUCAGUUCCUCUACAGUUACUGUUAUUUGGUGCAAUAACGCUUUGUUUUUAACAUCAUUAUUAUAACCAUAAACAUUUACUAAAAUAAAAGGCACAUUUUCAAUAUCCAGUACCACUGCUAGCCAGUGUCCUUCAUUAUCUGCUCUCACAGUUAGAAGUUUACCUGGGCAUCUAUUGAGGCCAAUAGCCACCCCUGCUGCCCGAUUUGUACCUUGACUAAAAAUGAUUUUAUCUCCCCAUUGCUGAGACCAAUAUUUGACAUCUGAUAUAUCAGAAUGUGUCUCUCCUGGACACACAGUUUGCUUUUGUGAUUUACAAAAUAAAAAAUACUGCUUUAUGCUUGAUUAGGGUUGCAAAGGGACGGAAGAAUUCCACGGAAUUUACAGAAAUGUACGGGAAUUUAUGGGAAUUUUUGUGAAUUAAUGGGAAUUUAUUUAAAUUAUUUAGAAAUUUGGGGAAAUUUAUAUAAACUGUAUAUACACACAUAAAUAUAAACAUUUAGUUUGGUCAGAAGCUGAUAAGCAAGCAAAAUAAUGCAUGAAUGAGAUUUUUGACUUUGAUUUAAUUGUAAGUAAAACUUACAAUUAAUUCUUUCAUUGAACAACACAAAAGCAUAAAUAUUGAAUGCAAAAAAAACAAACAUAUUUCCUCAUGUUUGCUGUAAAAUGAAAGCAAGCCUCACUCUUUCCCAUUCCAAAAAAGUCCCAUUCAAAUCUGUAAUCGUCAGGUUCAUAUGCAGAACUGUGGCUUCAAUAUUCUUGUGUUGGUCAGAGCCUGGAGAAUUAGGAGGAAUUCCCCCCUUAAGUGAAUGAGGGGGAUUCUGUAUGUGUGUCUGUGUGUGUGUGUGUGUGUGUGUGUGUGUAAAGUUUGAGGUCCUAGGGUCUUUUUUCUUUUGACAUCAUUGAACUGUGGUGAAAUAAAGUCCAGUUGGUUUUCCAGUUUAAAAAACAAACAAACCUUUAAUUUGGGACUCGUUUCUCUAUCGUUCAGAAACUUUCUUCUGCCUAACUCACCAUCUUACUGGAAGCCCAUUUACUCAUCUAUCUGUCAGGCAUGCAUUCCCAGAUCCACGACGCCACUUCCUGUUUCCUCCAUUUUAUGCUGGUCAGCCCUAUAUAAUCCAGCGGGCUGCACAUGCUCCUUGUCAGAUGGUCUCUUCAGCCUGCCUUGUGAGAGAGUAGUACUAACCACUUUUCGUCAAAGUGUAUUUUGACAGGUCUUGGUGAAAGGUCGUCCAAUCAGAACACACCACGUCAUGAAGUCCCGCCCCCCUUUCAUCCAAUCAGAACGCAUUGUGAUAGGAAGUCCCGCCUCCUUGUGACCAAUGAGAUUCUUCUAUUUUUUUUUAUUAUUCUUCUUCCCAAUUUUUUGAAUAUCCGUUCACGCGCACAAGGGUUCCGUUCGCGCGCUUCAGGGUGUGUGCAAAAGUUUUCGGACAGUGCGCGAGGCUGGCCGCGGGAAUGCGAGGCCGAAAGUUUUCGGACAGUGCGCGAGGGUGCGUUUCAUGCGGCUGUGUCUUUAACUUAUGUUGUGAUUUUAAACAUUUUAUUAAUAACCUUUAUUUUUUUUAUUUGUGAAAUGUAAACGGUUAUAUGCAAAAAGAGGAUUAAUGGCGUAUCACGGGAGUUCUAUUAUCAACGAAACCCUUAUAUCGAUUUAUCAAGAUUCUGGCAAAGAGGGUCCGUGGAAAAGCAGCGCGUGUCUUCGUUGUACUCAGGCACCGCCAUCGGAUCCGUUGUGCAAGGAAUGGCCUUUGGAUUCCGGGGGCCGAUGGGGUUAUGUGUUUAGAUACAAAAUAGGGGAAUUGCACCUUUAUCAGUUGAACUGUGGAGAGACGGUCCCGAGGCGUCCGGCUUCGUUAUCCUCUAACGACUGGGGUGUGUUAAAGAAGGUCUUCCUUGAGAAUUUUAGUGAUAGGAAGUCCCACCCCCCUUUGGACCGCCCCGUGCAAAUGUCAGGCUGAAAGUUUUCGGACGGUGCGCAAAGCCGGCCGUGCCCUCUCCCCCCCUUCACCCCCUUGGCGCACGAGAUGGGGUUUCAGGCAGCUGUGCCUUGAACUUAUGGUGUGAUUUUAAAUCUUUUAUUAAUAACCUUUAUUUUUUAUUUGUGAAACGUAAACGGUUAUAUGCAAAACAAAAAUAUUUUUAAAUCAUGCAUCACAUUUUAUUAUAUCCUCAUACUCUCUUUUGCAACCUGAAAAUUAUAUUUUAAUUUAAGUACCAGGAUUCAUUCUGAUUCUCGCGGCCGCAGACCGCGUGUUGGUGUCGGAUGGUACUCUUCUACCUUCUGAAAUGAUGAUAUGAAGUGAUAGAUGUAUAUGGUCAAGAACUUGUGGCAGGUGUGUUGGGGGAAAAAUGCUCAAGAACUUUUGGGUAUAUAAGAAAGGAAACGCUCCGACAUUUUCCAGGAAGAAAUCCAAGGGAUCAACAUUUUCCAGGAAGAAAUCCAGGGGGUCAACAUGAUGGUUCAUGCUAUAAAAGUUCAAGCCGACGUUCACAGGGUACCCGACUUUCAGGUUACCGCGGAAGAACUAGAGGGUAUUAGCCUCAGUCAGACUGAACCAGAUUUUACACGCGGCAUAAAUCCUGAUGAGUUUUACAGGGAGCCGGGGAACGACAGCCUCGUGGAGGAUCUGGAUUUAAUUCUAACAGGGGCUUCACCUGUGAGGACAUCGCCAGCGAUCUCACGAGAUCGACGUGUUCAGCACGCUCCUCCGAGAAGCGGAGACCCCGUGAUCGAAAUAUUACCGACUCCGACACCGCGAGUCGCAAGCGUGAUGCCCAUCUUAAAAGCCUGCGACACGCCCCGGCGAGCGAAGGGACUGAAAUUCGUCAGUAAGAGCCCGUCGAUAGUGAAGAGGUUGUUUACAGGUAUGUCUUUUUUUAUCUUGGAUAUUUUAUAUAUAAAACCUGAAACGUUUUUCAACUAUCUGUUUUCCGGUAAAUAUGUGGUUGAGUAUUUUGAUAUUCUGGAUGAUUGGAGAGCGUUGAUCAGGUGGAGAUACGGCGAGCGUUGCGUUCAGUCUCCGGGUAAAAGGAGUAACGUCUUCAUAGUGGCGUUCACAACAGCGUACACGCGUCUCAAGAUGUAUGACUACAUGGAAAGGUUGAGGGAGAGGGUUCUGUACACCGACACAGACAGUCUGAUUUAUGUGGUGAAGGAGGGGGAGAUGCCUUUAGAAUUGGGAAAUUACCUAGGCGAGCUGACCGACGAAUUGGACGGGGAUAGCAUACAAGAGCUUGUGUCCACGGGGCCCAAGACCUUACGCCUAUCAAAGGAUAAAAAAAAGUGGUGAUGCACGUCAAAGGCAUCACGCAGACCCUAGAAUGCUGUGAGAGGGUCAACUUUGACAGCGUCAGAGAUCUGGUGGAGGAUUACUUAAGGAUCUCUGGGGAAGCGGGGGUUAUCGAGAUUCCUCAGCAGGGGAUAACUCGUGAUAAAAAGGGCUUCUCGUUAAAAAACUCGUCAUUUCAGAAAAAGCUUCGGGUUGUAUGCGACAACAGACAACUCUUUCCAGACAAUACUACUCUACUGUUCGGAUAUUAACCGAAUAUAAUUUAUAGAGGGGCAAAUAAAUAAAAUGUCGCAUCUCGAUGUUAUAGAAAAAACAGAUUUCGAACACAGGUUCGUCUGUCCUUUCUCUUGUAUGAUAGCGGGCCCUAGUGGGUGUGGGAAAACCUAUUUUGUGAAAAGUGUAUUGGAAAAUUGUGAGAGUGUCAUGAACGUAGUCCCCGAAAACAUUGUGUGGCUCUACACUUCUUACCAGCCUAUGUACGAUGAAUUGCAAAAGAUGAAUAAAAAGAUUAAAUUUGUCAAAGGGCUUCCUGAUUCUUUCGAAGAUGAAAGCCUGUUUCCUCACGACUUAAACCAUUUGAUCAUUCUGGACGACGUCAUCUUUCAAGCGUCUGAGCAUCCUGAAGUGGUUAAAAUUUUCACUCAGUACAGACAUCACAGAAACAUGAGCGUCAUGAUGCUGACUCAGAACGUGUUUCAGCGAGGUAAGCACAACCGUACCAUCAGUCUGAACUGUAAUUAUCUGGUAAUGUUUAAAAGCCCUCGGGAUAAACUACAGGCGAGCGUAUUAGCCCAUCAGAUCUUUCCCUCACAAAACGGUUAUUUCCUGGAAAGCCUCGAAGAUGCUACAAGAGGUCCUCACGACUAUUUAAUCGUCGAUCCUCACCCCGACGUACCCAGAUCGCUACAGGCUGAGGACUGGGCUGCUUCCUCAUCAGAGAUCUCUUUAAACCUUCUCAAGGGUAACAUCCCCUUAACCCCUUCGCAAUACAAAAAACUCAAAAAGUGAAGAAAAAUUAUCAGGCUGUUGGCGGAUGAAAAAACCUGUUUAAAGAGCAAACGCAGGGUUCUGAAGAAACAGACGGGCGGGUUUCUUUUACCUUUGCUCUUGACCAUCAUACCCCUGAUCAGGAAUCUUAUCAGAGGACUCUCUAGUAGACAGUAAAAAAAAAAAAAAAAAAGACUUUGAAGAAAGCUCAGAAAAUAUUUCUCGUCUCUCCCCGUCGAUUAAACGGUAUGACACGACCUACGGUCAGAGAAACGCCCAAAGACGAUUUGGACGGUAAAAUGAGGGAGGUAUUAAACGAACAAGGGUUGAGUUCUUAUGAAAAAAUAAAAAAAUACGACGCUUUGCUGCGGAGAUAUUUGACAUUGCUGAAGCAGGAUCAACGAGACGAGCGUAGGGUUACUCUGACGUUAUGGGGGAGAAACGUGGAUGGAGAGGAGGAGGAGGAGGAGGGGGAUGCACUUUCCUAUAAGAAAGAAAAUCACCCCCUCCCACAGGUUGGUCGCAAUUUUUAAAUACUCUAUCGGAGCUGAACAUCCCUUUAUCUUGGGUGAAUAACCCACAUUCUCAUGAUCAAUACCGCUCCCUGAAGGAGGGAUUAAAAACACAUCGUGAAAGGACCUCGGAGAAGAAGAAUCCGUCGUCAUCCCCGCCUUGGAUCACGCCCUCGGAGCCUCGCACUUCUAAGAAGCUCAGGAGCAGAAAACGAAUCAUUCUGUCCCCUCGGUGGAUCGAGUAUUUACAAUAAUAAUAGACAGAGACAAUUAUUUCAUCAAUAAAGAGGUUUAUUAGACAAAUCAUUAUGUGUACGGUCUUUCAUUUUCACAACUUGUUUUCAUAAGUCGAUAAAGAACAACAACGCUGCCCCCCUCUUUUAUUUUUAACCCCACAUUUUUUCACAAAAUCACGCACCAUAAUAUCAUUUUUUACAACGUCCUCCUCGUACAGAGACAAUACUUGUUCGAAAGAUAAGCCUCUGGCUCGGUGGUAAAGAUAAUAGAUGCAGUGCUGACUGCAUAUGGUAGACAGUCGAUGUUGCAAUUGUCCCGUGUGAUACUUGAUGUUUUCAGAGCAUUUUUCCAAAAACUCCAGGAUGGUCGAGGGGAAGUACAAGAAUUCAGGAGAUGAUCCGUAAGAGUUGAGAAAGGUAGCUUCCCCAUCUUUUUCCAGGGUUAAAGCCAGCCAGUGUUCCCCGGGCAUGUGAGAAGGAUGUGUGUUGACCACGAAAUACGUGGGGCGUGUGAAGGAAGCGCUCAGAGAGGGUAAGUGGUCGGAAGCCCACACGCCGCAAAACACUUUUCCUGGAAGACGACGUAAAAGACUUUCCAACUGAAGAUUAUCCAUGAUUUCUUAACGUUUUAGUAAUAAUCCACCAGCACUUGCUUUUUAGUGUCUAUUUCUAGAAUAGAAUCGUAACAAGCGUAGACGAUAAGAGUGGUCGUGUUCGGUAGAGGCACUCUGAAUCUCAUCUCCAGUCUCAAAUUACCGUUUGAUACGACCAACAACGCGUCGUUAUCGUCGGCGGGGUUGAGAUUAAAAGCGAGUGUAGCCGGUGUUAAAAUCCUCGCAAUUAAUACACAGAGGUAAAUGUGGGAAAUUUCUGAAACUUAUACUUGUCUUAUACCUAAUCAUUAAUUACGUUUGAUUUUAAUCAGUAAGGAAAGGUUAAUGCUAUUUUUAAUUCUAAUUUUAAUGAUGAUACUUACUUUCAUUGUUAAUCACCGAUAUGUUGCCUGUCUAAUUAGCGUCUCUAAUUUAUUGAUUAUUUGAUAAUAAUCAUAGUUAUUUGAUUAUUUGGUUAUUUAAUAAUUCUUUCACUGUUAAGCACCUGCCAUAAUCAUUAGCGGGUAAGCUUAUGAUAAAUAGAUAAAAUUAGCAUAAACUUAAACGUAGAAGUUAUAGGACAAAAAAAAUAUAUAAAAUCAUAAAAAUAGAGAUGAGCAAAACUGGCUGAAUCAUCGUUAGUGGGUUAUUAUUCUCACACUUUCUGGCUUUGGCGUAAACAUCACAAGGACAUAGGCUAGCACAUCGUACCAUAUCACAGUGUUGGCUCCAUUGAGACUGAAAAAACAUGUUGACGAAGUUCAGAAUCCUUGGGCUUAAGGGCAAGAACACCAUAACAGUCUUAUUUGACCCAAUUCUGACUAGAGUGUUUAUUUAAGAAAAAUUAAAGUUAAAACUACGUUUAUAUAAUGUACAGGCGUUAUAUCACAUCUUAUUACCUUAUGAAAAUAAAAAGCAUCUUACCUUAGCAAGUGGAAAGUUGGUAAAACUCCUUGUGGCAUAAGUAAGAACUAAACAAUAGGCACCGAGACGGGAGGGGGUUUGGAGAAGAUGUUAUUGAAGCACCAGCAAAAUGCUAUUGCAGUGGCGGAUGUUAAUGUAAACAUAGGGACACAACACACCGAAUACGUGUAAUGGAAAAGCACAGACUUUAAUAGAAAGGAUUUAGGAAUUUAAAUUAAAUUAAAUUAAAUUAAAGUAAACUGACUACUCCUAACCUAAAUAAAUCAUUAAUAAACAAACUCAAAUGUAAACCAACCUAAACUGCACGCAGAGCUAUUUUGCCCUUUUAUUUUUACCUUAUUAGCAGUAUUACUUGGGUAACCUGAUGUAAAUUAAGGAUAGUGCUCGCGGCCUAAAUAGUGGGAAUACAUAGAAUGGUGUAAAUGUAAAUGUGAUAAUAAAAAUAGUGGUAAAGUCCUCAGAUUUCUAAUAAAUGUCAGACAGUCACCUUCAACUACACAGGAACAACCACAACGAAUACAUGGAACAUGUGGGUGAAUGUUGAAUUAAAGGUGUAAAGGGUAUAAUGACAUAAAUGUGUUUUUUUGGGCUAAAUAAGGUUCAAUAGAAGUUAGAUAGAACAACAAUAUGUGUCAAUAUUAAAACUUGUGACCCAUAGAGUGUAUGAAGGCCACAGAAAGGUGGGGCUGUUUUUCAGGGGGAAUAAUGGGUAAACGUCAAAACAAUCCAUAGAAACAUAGAAUCCAGCAUGGUUAGGCAGCUGGGCUAAAGGUAUAUAUACUAGCAGAUUUGUGAAGGGGGGUGUGCUUGACUGCAUCGAUUCAUGAAUCCGUGUAUUUGAGUGCCAGUUUCGGUGAUAUUUUUCUAAAUAAAACUUUUUGCUUUUUCUCAUCCAAGCCUGGAGGAGUACUUUAUUUCUUUGUUUUCUGCAAAUUUCUAAUUGGAACUACACAACUAUUGGAUUAUAUUGGUAACUGGAGAAGGCUCUAGGACCACCCUGUGGUGUCCACCUGGAGAGAGGCUCUGGGUUCCGACAUAAAUCUUUAAGAUGUCUCCUGGUAGACAUGAACAUGUUGUAAAACUGUCUGACGGAUUGUUGGUUGUUAAAUUGCGGCUGGAAAGCCUUGGAGGGGAUCUGUCAGCCAUCCUGACACAGAGCCAAGUAUUCCACAUCGUUAUGUACAAAGUUAAAAGGGGACAGGUCUCUUCUCCCCGUGAAGGCUUCGUGAUGCACCAUACCUAAAACCACAUAUUUAGGAGUGGUUCCGAGAAAUAGAGUCUCCUGGUUGCAUAUCCUAGAGUUUGCCGGUACAGAGUAUGUUUUCACAAUGACGCGUGAGAGGGGUUAGAGAGCGUUGGCUUUCAUCAGGCCCGCGGCGUGCCCCAGCCGCACGGCGGGGGCUACGGUUGUUUUUUUCACAAAAAGAGACGCUCCCAGCACGUUUAGUCGGAAUCCGGAGUCACACGCUCCCAUGAGACAGAACGCGUCAUCCCCAUCUUAAAACGGCAGUGAAAGCUGUCGCGAGGACUGAGGGGUCGCGGGAGGGGUUGGUGGUAAAGGAACAGCGUAACUGUCCUCCGGAGAUGAAGGAGGAUCGGGCAUCUCUUCCUCUACAUCUUCUGACACCUUCGGUAUGAGCCAGGUAGGCCUGAUUCUCUUAAGCACGCGCUCACAGCCGAGGUCCAUUUUUCUCUUUCUAUCUCUCUUUCACUCUUCUCCUUCCUUUGUUCAAGUCUUCUUUUAUACUAAAGUACUCUUGGGGUUUUUCACAUACCCCUUCUCUCUCCACACUGUAACUAGCCCUGUAGAACCAGCGCGCGGUGCCUGAAGCUCUACUCAACCAGCCAAGAACUUGACUUUUCGCUCUGAAACCUCCAAGGUACUGGGAAAAUUCUCCGGGAGAGAGAACCUCCCACUGCCUCUCCAAUUUCCUUCAUCCUCAUCAAAAUUCUCAAGGAAGACCUUCUUUAACACACCCCAGUCGUUAGAGGAUAACGAAGCCGGACGCCUCAGGACCGUCUCCCCACAGUUCAACUGAUAAAGCUGCAAUUCCCCUAUUUCGUAUCUAAACACAUAACCCCAUCGGCCCCCGGAAUCUGAAGGCCAUUCCUCGCACAACGGAUCCGACGGCAGUGCCUGAGUACGACGAAGA